AUGGCCUUCCUGGUGGCUGGGACCCUGCGGCUGGCCAUGCAGAUGGCAGACACUCGAGACAGCCUGGGGAGAAAGGUAGCAGGAGGCACCACCUGGCCCAGCUGCUCCUGCCUCCCAGCUGAGCCCCAGCCCAGCCCAGCUCUGGCCUUGCCUCCCCAGGGGAAGUAUGACGUCCAGGGUCCAAGGGCAGCCCUGAUGCUCAGCAGCCCUGGGGUGGUGGCCGCUGCAGUUACUGCCCUGGAGGACGUGUUCCAGGCCCUGGGCUUUGAGAGCUGCGAGAGGAGGGAGGUCCCGGUCCAGGGCUUCCUCAAGGAGCUGGCUUGGUUCCAGAAGCAGCUGGAUGCCCACGGGCGCCCUGUGGGGUGUGCCUUAGUGGCCUUGGUGGCCCCCAGAGGGCAGCUGAGGCAGCCACAGCAGCUGGUCCGGGAGCUGAGCGGCUGCCGGGCCCUGCGGGGCUGCCCCAAAGUCUUCCUGCUGCUCUCGAGUGGCCCUGGGUCCUCCCUGGAGCCUGGAGCCUUCCUUGCUGGCCUGAGAGAGCUGUGUGGCCACUCUCCUUGCUGGUCCCUGGUGCAGCUGCUGACGGAGCUCUUCCGCAGGGUGGCUGAAGAGUCCACAGGGGGCACCUGCUGCCCCGUCCUUCGGAGCUCCUUGCGGGGGGCACUGUGCCUGGGAGGUGUGGAGCCCUGGAGGCCUGAGCCGGCCCCCGGUCCCAGCACACAGUAUGACCUGUCCAAGCCCAGGGCUGCCCUCCUCCUGGCUGUGAUCCAAGGCCGGCCUGGGGCCCAGCAUGACGUGGAGGCGCUGGGGGGCCUGUGCCGGGCCCUGGGCUUUGAGACCACCGUGAGAACGGACCCUACAGCCCAGGUGAGGGGAUGCCGAGAACUUCCGCUGGUGCUCUGA